CCAACUCUUCGAAAAUGUUUGAAAGAAAAAGAAAAACCAACACAGCCACGCCGGUUAUCAAAUACACUGGUGGCACCUUCACUACAAUCCAAUCUGAUUCACGCUGUACUGCUGUUUAUUGACUUCAUAUUUACAUGCCGGUUGCGCGCGCGUAAAUAUGAAACAUACCUAAAGCAUAUUUAACAGAAAGGCCCACGGAGCUCCGCGGCCUGUAACCUAUUCUGUGUGGUGAUAUCCGUCAACUAGCUUUGUCGAAAUGAACUUGACACCGUUCUGCCUGCGGGCGGUUUAAGACCGCAUGCGCGUCUUUUAUUUAAAGGUUUUUGAUAAGGUUGUGCUUAAGUACUUAACGCCAAAUUGUACUUUUCAAUAUCGAUUUACGUCGAUUACAUACUUCCCCUCCACUCUAUUCACAACCUGGCUUGCGCCGCAUUAUAAUUCUACCUGCUGUCUGUUCCCCGUUCCAGCUCACCUCUGCAUAGCCUUACUAAUAGCGGUAGGCUGAGUUGUAUUUCCACAUUCCUUCACCUAGACAGAGUUCUUACCUGUUUUGCUACUUCAUAGUGAUUCUUAAAUGGCUCAAGAGAUUCUCUUUCUGCACAAGUAUACAAUGACUCUGGAAACAUAUAACAACAAAAUGUAAUAGCCAAAUUACUUCCAGAAAACGAGUCUCAAAAACGGUGCUUAAAAACGGUGCUUAAUAUGAAUACGGGCAAUGGGAUUAGGAUAUUUAUAAAUACUCUAAUUUCGUUGAAGUCACAAGCGAUUCGAGCUCAUUGCAGUUAUGUCCUAACUAAUAAAUAUCAGAAGCAUUACUCCUGUUUCAUGAAAAGGCCCAAAACGGACGUUGGAAAGAAAAUGUUAACAUGAUUUUAUUCUCCCUCCAAUUAAAUUUAGUAUUUGUGUUCUAUAAGCUUUGGGUACUUUCAUUGACAUCUUCAGAAUUAAUUUUAAUACAAAAUCAUCGCGCAUUUUAUUUGCUGUUUUGUGGAUAAAACACUUUGUUGCGAUAGUUUUGUAAUACAUAAAUAUAUAUAUUGCACAGACUUUAACCACUCAUCAAGAUUUUGCAAAGAUCUAAGUACAUGCGAUGAGAAUGGCCAUGAUAAAUUGAACGGAUUAUUUCAAAAGCAUAACAAUAAUGUAUAACGUAUGCAUAAUACUGGUAUGUGCGCAUGCAUUUGCCAUUCUACUGCAUACCAUGGCGUUCAGGUGAUCUGUAAUUUUCCUUCCACUUGUGUAUUGGUGAACUGCAAACUGUCCGUGACCCACACGCCUGUGCAGGGAAUUCGAGUCUGUGUCCACUAAUAUUCAUAUCAUAUCAUUUCUGUUUAUGCCAGCGCGGUAUCAUGCAGGAAGGGGAUCAGACCGGUGAAGCAAUGCCAAAUAUCUCGCGUUCUGAUCAAGGCUAACCAGUCUUUUCACAUUUGAACAAUUCAUCUGCUUUAUGUUUAGAGUAAAUCUUUCACGAUACCCCGAUUACUUCCAAUAGAAUGGGAGUGACGAAUGACGCCACAUCUGGGAAUUUGAAAUUGGUCAUUUUGAAGUCUGGAGUAUUUUGACCGUCGAUUUAGGUAUCCAAUCGUGAAAGCUACAGCAAGGGAAGUGCGCAAACUGAGGCAAACUGUUACUCGCAUGAGGUACUUCAUCCUAUUUUCUUCGUAGGAGCCCAUGCCUUGAAUUUCCAUUGAUUUGCUUAUUGCAUGCAAUUUGGUGGGCAAAUUAUUACUCUUGUACCUGUGGUAUAAGUGCAUGUUUGCAUACAGGGAACAAAAACGCGGGACAAAAGUACUGAAUUAAAAGUUACUGCUUUUCAUCACUGAAGACGAAAAAAAUACUGGACCGGCUUGCAUGUGUUUGUUUACUUGGGAGUUUGAUCCGAUGAAUGAGAAGUUGUCCCAGGGGGGAGCAGAUCGGUGUCGCCCCAUUGUCCUGUUAUGUUACAGAAGUGGGCGGAUUGCGGUAUCUCUCUGCCCAAUGGCAGCCGCGACUCUCAUGAGAGAAGAGAAAGGCACUUUUCUGCCAUCCAAAAUCCCUUAAACCAUCAUCAUUCCGACUCGGGAACCGCACUCUGUAACAGCCCCUACCGCCGGGAGAUGACAGACUCAAUCUCCGCGCCCGCAGCACGUCCACGGCCCUGGGAGCUAGGAGCUGCGUAGCACGGACACUCAACGCCCGCAGAUACAUCACAGCGACCCGGGGAGAUCGCGCUUUUGUUUCGUGCAAGGGGACUUAAAGCGCGACGGGAAUAAGGAAUUACUUUUUUUUUAAAAAAACACUCAGCCAGAAAGCAGCCGUUUGUUCAAUGUCAUCAUGAUCAUCUUUUCGUCGCGCAGUGUACUGCUGUCAGUUUACUACCCACAGAUUUUCCUCAUCCUGACCAGUGGUAGCUACCUGGCCCUGUCCUCAGUGGUGGCCUUGGGCGCCAACAUCAUCUGCAACAAGAUCCCCGGGCUGGCGCCGCGCCAGCGAGCCAUCUGCCAGAGCCGGCCCGACGCCAUCAUCGUCAUCGGCGAGGGCGCCCAGCUGGGCAUCAACGAGUGCCAGUACCAGUUCCGCUAUGGGCGCUGGAACUGCUCCGCCCUGGGCGAGCGCACCGUCUUCGGCCAGGAGCUUCGAGUAGGCAGCAGGGAGGCGGCGUUCACCUACGCCAUCACAGCGGCGGGCGUUGCCCACGCCGUCACUGCCGCGUGCAGCCAGGGCAACCUCAGCAACUGCGGCUGCGACCGCGAGAAGCAGGGCUACUACAACCAAGAGGAGGGCUGGAAGUGGGGCGGCUGCUCGGCCGACGUCAAGUACGGCGUCGAGUUCUCCCGAAGGUUCGUAGACGCCCGCGAGAUCAAAAAAAACGCAAGGCGGCUGAUGAACCUGCAUAACAAUGAGGCAGGAAGAAAGGUCCUGGAAGACAGGAUGAAGCUGGAGUGCAAGUGUCACGGCGUCUCGGGAUCCUGUACCACCAAGACGUGCUGGAACACCCUGCCCAAGUUCCGGGAGAUCGGCUACAUCCUGAAGGACAAGUACAACGAGGCGGUGCACGUGGAGGUGGUGCGGGCCAGCCGGCUCAGGCAGCCCACCUUCCUCAAGGUGAAGAAGACGCAGAGCUACCGCAAGCCCAUGGACACGGACCUGGUGUACAUCGAGCGCUCGCCCAACUACUGCGAGGAGGACACGUCCACGGGCAGCGUGGGCACGCAGGGCAGGCUGUGCAACCGCACGUCCCCGCACACGGACGGCUGUGACCUCAUGUGCUGCGGGCGGGGCUACAACACCCACCAGUACACUAAAGUGUGGCAGUGCAACUGCAAGUUCCAGUGGUGCUGCUUCGUCAAGUGCAACACGUGCAGCGAGAGGACGGAGGUUUUUACCUGCAAAUAGGGCACGAGGAGACCGACGUCGGAAACUGGGGGGGGCGGGGCCAAGGGGCCAGGCGGGGGAAAAAAUGGGUGGAGCAAGAAAGAAGAUUUUGGGGAAACGGUAAAAGAUAAUAUAACGAAUGGAAUUUACAAUACCAGUUCUUCACGGCAUCGUUUUGCACAUCAGAAUCUAUUUGCUUUAAACAAAUUUAGGUUAAAUAUUGAUAAUUAUCUAAAUGAUAGAUAAAAGCCCACUUCUUUUCUUUUUGAAAAAAGAAUGAUGUGUUCUUAUGCACUGAUGUGUCCAGACUGAGACUGAAAGUUGUGACUUGUAGGAUACAAAUAGUGCCCCAGAUGGGACUGUGCUGUUCACUCUGGGAUUUGUAGUUCUUUAUUGUCAUGGGAAGGUUGUAAAGGAAAGAGUGACUCCAACUCCAAGAAUGUCCACAUGAUGCAGAAUGAUGGCAUCAAAAAGACAACGAAAGGAUUUUCUAUAGGAAAAAAAACUAAGCAAGAGUUAAAGAAUCCUUAGUAUACUGACUGAUCUUCUAGUCUAACAAACUCUUGAGGUGUUUUGGGGGAGAACACAAGUGACUAAGAGAAAAAAAAAAAUCUACAAACUGAAACCCCUCUUCAAGCUGUGUUGAAAGGAAGAGCGCUUCAUUGGCUUGGUGCCUUUGGGUGUUUAUUGAACAUUGAAUUCAUCUGCAUGGGGAGUCCCUACAGUAAGCCCUCUUCUGCCAACUGGAAAAUGGUGGAGUAUGUUAGCUGUCCAGUCACACUGGAACUGUUUGUUUGAACACUGAAAAUAAAUUGUUUAUUUAUGUUAUAGUAUCUUUAAACAAAGCACUAACGGGUAGAAAUGUCUUAUUUUGUACUAAGUGUAAAAAAAACUUCUUAGAAACUCGACAGAAGGUGCGUAUCUCUUAGAACAUGCCCAUCCUCUCUCUCCUUACAGUUUCAUUGCUACUGGUGUGUUGACUUCAGAAACUCAUAAGAGUAUAGGUUCACAGCAGGUACACAGUUUAGUUCGCAGUGGCAUAGAGUGUUUUGCAGUCACAUAAACAGUAUGACUUCCUUUGGUUUAUUUUGCCUUUACAACCGUAGUAGUCAGUAGCAAGGAAACUGGUUCCUUUUUCUGCCGACAAAAAAAAAUCCUUCCUCAAUCCAUUAAACGUGAAAUCAAUAUGUUGCUGGAUGUUGUUGUCGAGUGCUGCACUGAUAUAUUUUUUAUUUCUAUUCAGAUACAGCUCAAUUGAAAAUUAAAUAAAUAUCAUUUUGACUGAAUUUUGAGACUUCAUUUAAAGAGAACAAGAUUAAGUACUUCAGUUCAUACGGACACAAUCUCUGGCCCAAAUGUUCUUAAAUGAACCCUCCCCACUUUCAUUAUUGGACAACUGUUUCUCUGUGGACUUCGUGAGGAUUUUGUUUUGCAUUAAGAAAAGUGCAAGCUGUGGGUAAGGCCAGUGAGGUAAAUAUACUUUGUAUUCCUAAUAAUAUUGGAGAUUUAAUUGUCAUAUAUUGGCUAUAAUCUUUGAGUUAUAAAAUGUUUAUUUCUUAAAACCAUUUAAUGUUAUUCCAACAGUAAGGGCAUAACUCAUUUAAUUAACCUUUCAAGGAGCAUAUCUGAAGCUAAAUGUGACCAUGAGUAAAGCCCACAGCCAAUGCACAGCAAGCCUUUAGCAUGUAAGGCCAAAAUGUGGGAUUGGAAUGAUCUUAACUGAACAUUCCAAUGCUGAUGCAAAAAUCACUACUGGUUAUUGAAAGCAAUGGAGUUCUAGAACACUGACUUAGUAUUU